AUGUGUUGCAACUGCAUGCCACUUACUGGCUUGACCCAGUUGAAAGCAUUAUCAACUUCGCACUCAAACCCUCAGAAACGCACAAAGACGUUUCUGAUGAAAUCCAUGAAGAGCUAUACAUGGAGGAGUAGCAGAAUCUGGAGAAAGAGAAGCGCAAAGGGUGUAAUAUUGCUGGGCAUAGAACGCCGUAUCCAACUAUCAAAAACAAUGUUCUCCUGUCCCACCCUGCUAGGGUUGACAUAA